UUCUAUUGCGAAUACAAUCUAUAUCUAUAUUAUUACAUGCAUUGAUACAAAGUGAUAAAAACAUGUCCUUUCUAACACAUUUACUUGGCAGUACUUUGCAGAAUACUAGACCCCUUACAAAUAUUACCUCCACUAACAUAGUGUGUGUGAGGAAUGCAUCAAAGAAGGCCAGUAGUAGUACAAGAAUUAAACCUGGUCAUCCAAGACCAAAACACAGAGGAUGGAAAGUACAAGAUGGGUGGUUUGUUCAAAAAGGCCAUAUAUUAGCUACCCAACUUAGACCUAGAUUCCACCCUGGACUUUACGUUGGUAUGGGCAGAAAUGGGACAUUAUAUGCCUUGGAAGCUGGAAGAGUAAUUAUCACUUCUGAAAAAAUUAAUCCCAAUACCACUCAUACCUGGGCAACAAUGAACUAUGCAGGCAGAGAGAACAGUGUUAUUUAUAAGAAGCAUUUUAAUGUUAUUCCUGAAAAACAACACAACAGAUUUAUAUUAAUUGAUACUGUUUGAAAUGAAAUCUUCUAAUUUUAUUUAGGUUUCCUUUCAUAAAGUAAAGGUACAAGUAUAUAGUGUGGAAGUAAAAUUCUU